AUGUGGCUCUUCCGCGACGAACCCCCUCCACCCUCCCCGCCCGCUCCCUCCGCGCCCACACCGGACCCUCCCACGACGGUGUCCUCCGCCUGCGCUCCUCCUCCGGCAGAGCGGGCGGACGCCAUUGACGCGCCGCAGCCGCCUCAGUCGCUUCCCGUGCUCGGCGUGCUGUGCGUUGACCACGGCGGCGCGGCGACGGCGACGACAUGCGGCUCCGCCGGCUUCAUCCUCGCCUACACCAACACCGGCGUCACCGACUCUGCGCUGCACGCCGUUCGGUCGUCGCGCGAGGGCAGCCGCGAGCGAGAGAAGCGCUCCGCCGGCGUGCGGGCGAAGCUGCGCGCGGCGGUCGAGUCGCUGCAGGCCGCGCACGGCGACGCUCUCCUCGGCAUCGCGCGACGAUGCCUCUUCGAGCGGCGCUCCCUCGCCGUCGCAGCGGGCGACGCGCACUCCGUCACCGUCGCUCUCGAAGAGCCCGCGGCGCGGCUGCAGGCGAGGGCCAACGCCGAGGUGACGCGUCACGCCAGUGAGAGGCUGCCCUCGUUGUACGUCGAAGGCUGGAGUCGGAUGCGCUAUGUCCACGGUGAACGUGUAAACCGCACGAGCAACAACGGUAAAAAGCUGAAGUUUAGAGCGCAGCCAGAUAGCAAGGACGACUCACGCACGGUCGACUAG